AUGGCACCUAAUCAAUUUGUGGAACUGGUGGAUACCGUGGAGAAGUACGCCACUAGAGGAUCAAAUGAGUGUGGCUGCCGCAUUGACACCAGGGAGGAGUCUAUCCCGUCCAACACGCUGGUUGGCUACCCGUUUGCCAAUGCAGAGGGUGUGGGAGUACAUCUCUCAUAUAGGAAAGGAGACAUUACCCUUUCGGCCGAUGUGAGCUCAAACCCGAAGGCGACAUGGCGGGACGUUCUUCCUACUUUUUCAUGGACACGGUCUCUGCGGGGCCAGCAGCACGAAGUUCUGCUGCGGCUGGCAAUGACGCCCCUUUUUGCCUACUCCUUUUCUCACCCUCAAUUUACAUGCUCAUCCGAGGUGAAUUUUAUGGAUGGAUUCCGAUCCAAAUUUACCACCUCCACGCAGCUUUCCAUGCGGAAUCAAUUGGGGGCAUGCGUGGAGUAUGACCCAAGCCGCAGUGGCGUGAUAGAUUACACGGUUGCCUUUUUACGCGCUGGUUGCUCGGCAGUGCUGGGAGGUGAUUUUGUCGUUCAAUAUAACGCUACCCGUGGGCUGGGAGUCCAUACCCGCAUCCCAGUGAAACCUUUUAUGGGCGCUGUGGCACUGGUGGAAAGGGGUCGCGUUAUUAUCGGUACAGAGGCCCGCUCUCCGUGCGGCGCACAGAUGAUGAUGAAUUUAGACCUUGUGAAUUCACGCGUCAUGCUGGCUGUUGUUCGCAAUAUCAGCACAGUAUGGAAGUUUACCUUCAAUUACUCCGCACCGCUGCCAGGGACCUCUUCUGCGGCGAGGCGAUUUGGACUUGUCUUUACCAGUCAGGAUGCCCCGUAG